CACAGGCUCCCAGACGCCGACUGCCCGUGAGGAGGAGUGACAGUCGUGGCCUGGGCUCUAUGAGGGGCCCAAGACUGCGAGCCCUGGAAACCUGGCCCCAGCCCUUGUCUUUGCCUGCAAAGAACGGAGGCCUGGAAUUUGUGCCAGAAGGUGCAGAAAUGACCCACAUGCGGGGACCUGAUGCUUGGCUUCCAGAAGCACAGAGUAACGAGUCCUCAGCCCACCCUGGGGGAGAGCAAGUGACCGAUGGCCUGGGCGCUGGGCGCUGCAGGCAGGCCCCUCCCCCUCCACCCCCAGGUCCUGCAGGCGGUCCUCACGCCGUAUCAGAGACAGCUGGGCUGUCAGCACCCACCAGAUGGUCACCUAUGGCCGCGGCCAGGACGAGCCAGGCUGGGAGGACUUGAGGGGGAAACUGACUGAGGCGCCACCUGCCCAGCUAGUGAAUUGCAGCCACCAGGCCCCUGUGAGCGAAAUGGCAGUGCAGGGUCGUCAGCUCAGUAGAGGCCCACGACCAACCCGCAAGCCACCAGCUGACGUCCCUGGGGUCCAGCCGCCCCUUCCCCAGGUGGCUCCUCCCUCCCCUCAGGGGGCCGGCCCCAGACCCGGCUGUGGGUCUGAUGAGGACCAGAUCCAGUCACGCAGUCAUGGGACGUUCCCCCACCAGAUGCCCGGCCCCUCAGGGCCCUGAAGCAUUCUGGGAGCUACUCUCAGAGUCGCCUGGCCAUGCUGGGGCCUCUGAGCAUCUGUGCUGACCCCUCCCACCAGGGCUGGCCAGCAGCUCCAUGCGGAGCUGUGUCCACCACCAUCUGCUGGACCUGCAGGUCAGGUGACUGGGGGCAGCUGAUGACAGUCCGAGCCUCCUGCAGAGUUGCUUCUUGCUCUGGGCUGCAUUCAGAACUUGCAGCCUUUGGGUCACCUAAUGACUGGGUUGGGCAGCAUUUCCAAGUGCGAUGUUGGCUGCACCCCUGAUGCCAGGGCCCACUGAGGGCUGGGUCUCUUUCUUCUUGGCUGGAGGUGCGAGGGGCAAGAGCUUGUCCUUUUUGCCAAAAGGGACUCCCCAGCUUGUCCGGGCCUUGGGACCCCUGAGGUCUGCACUGGCACUGUGAGCCUCACGUGCCUCAUGGGAUGGGGAGGGCGCGUGCGUCACCCGCCCGGGUCUGCGGAGCACGGUGUCAUCCGGGGACUGGACCUGCAGGAUGCUGGCUGGCAGACCCAGCGCCAGCACUUCCUGCAGGGGCACAUCCAGCCUUCCUCCCUCUGGUGAAGUCCUUAAAAUGCAAUGCAGCCUUCAGUGUUGUUAAACCACCAUAAUAUGCCCCAUUUCCACACCAGGGACCCAGCUCCAUCUUUCCUGUUCGUGCAGGCGGUGUCUGGAAGUGCAGGCGGUGUCUGGAAUCGCACUCCCUCUGGGGUCGACCAUGAUUAUUUUGGGUGGUGGGACUUGGGAGUGAUUAAUUUUGGGUUUUGAUUUUUCUGUUCUUUAAGUAUUUAAAAUAGGUAUGUCAAUCAUCGCAAGGAAAAACUUAUUUCUUUUUUUGGUACCCUUAUGAGAUGAUGGAUGUUAACUGAGCUCACUGUGGUGGUGACUUCCCCGCACGUGCUCGUCAAGUCAUUACGCUGAACACCUCAACUCGCACCCUGAUGUAUGUUACUUACAGCUCAGUAAAACUGGAAAAAACUUAAAAAUAAAAAUAAGUUUUCAAAAAGUGUGUUAAAUGUUUAAUAAAUGACAUUUUAAAAACUCA